CACAGUCCGUCAUGGAUGAUGCCCCAGCGCAACCAGGGUCUCUGCGAAGAUUUAAUGCACCGUUGCCAGAAGAAUCCGUCUCUAUUCGCCCAACCCUCGCUCGGCGACGUCAUGGCCAUCCCCAUCCUCACCAUCGUCUCUGCGCUGUGGCCAUGGACCUGCCGAGCACUGCUCCAUUCCUUCACCGAGGGAUGGCCUUGCUCAGUUUUCGUGAUAUCCACUGUUUGGGUUUCAAGUGUCUGAUAUCUUCCACUUUUCCUCCACGUGUGUCUCCGAUUUGCCUCGAGGGCUUUCGUACUGAGGGUGGCCGUGCCGUCUCGAGGGCUGAUAUAUAAACCCGCCCAAAGCCCCCGGAUCCCGUCAUGGUCCUGCAACCGACUCCGUAUUCCCCAAGCCAGCCAUAAGUGACGAUUCGGUGCAUCUUGAUUAAUCACGAAGGCGACCGUUUUGGUGAUCAUACUACCUUGAGACGGAGAGAAGAUAUCAAACAGGCUGCCCAUCAUGUCGACCGACGGGGCCCCCCCAGAUGUGGACAACGGCACACUGUAUCCCACCUCCAGCAAGGCAUCCCAGCGAACUAUGCGCAGAUUGUCCAGCCAAAGCGCCCAACGGGCAGAUCUAUUUGGAGGACCUACCGUUGUUGCUCCCCCACAACAUAUGGACGUCCACAGCCAUGCCAACGAAACUGCCCGCGCCAUGGAAAUGGCGAAGCAUCACUUGGCCGAAUCAUCCCCAACAAUCACACCACCUGAUUCAGGGCCUGCUACCCCUGAUGACAGCGGCCUGAGCACGACCGACAAGUAUGCUUUCGCUUUUGAUAUCGACGGAGUCCUCAUCAAAGGUGGCAAGGUGAUCCCCGAGGCCGUGGAAGCCAUGAAAGUCCUCAAUGGCCAAAAUGAAUAUGGUAUCAAGAUCCCUUACAUCUUCGUCACAAACGGUGGCGGGAAGACCGAAGAGGAACGAUGCAUCCAGCUCAGCAAUCAACUCCAAAUGGAAGUGUCCCCCGGCCAAUUCAUCUGUGGACACACGCCGAUGAGGGAAAUGGCCGAGAAGUAUCACACGGUCCUUGUCGUUGGCGGCGAAGGCGAAAAGUGUCGCGACGUGGCCAAGGGCUACGGCUUCAAGGACGUCAUCACCCCGGGAGACAUUAUCAAAGACAACGCAGACACCACGCCCUUCAGAAAACUGACGGAUGAGGAACACCGAAACUCCAACGUUCGAAACUAUGGGGAAAUCGAGAUCGAGGCCGUCUUCGUGUUCGCCGAUAGCAGAGACUGGGCUGGGGACUCGCAGAUCAUCCUCGACCUGUGCAUGAGCAAGAAUGGCCGCCUGGGCACCAGGUCCGAAACCUUCGAUGAAGGUCCGCCGGUUUUUUUCUCCCACAACGACGUGGUCUGGGCGACCUCUCACGCCUACUCGCGCAUCGGCAUGGGAGCAUUACGCGCGUCCCUCGAAGCCAUGUUCAAAGCAAUCACCGGCAAGGAGCUGAAGACCAUCGCCUUCGGCAAGCCGCAAGUGGGCACGUUCCAGUUCGCCACCAGGCUGCUCCGGCAAUGGCGGAAAGAUACCCACGGCAUCGAUCGACCUCCGGAGACGGUCUACUUUGUUGGCGACACCCCAGAAUCGGACAUUCGAGGCACCAACGAAUUCGACGAAUCACGCGAAUCCGAGGCGACGUGGUACUCCAUCCUGGUCCGCACCGGGGUCUUUAGAGAAGGCACGCGGCCCAGGUACAUGCCCAAGAUGACGGUGGACAAUGUGCUGGAAGCAGUCAAGCAUGGCAUGAACAGGGAAUUCGACAAGGCGAUCAAAGAUCUGACGAUAGGGGGUGCGGCACCUCAGCUCGCUAACGCCAUUGUUGAAGACGACUAUGAACGGUAGAAGCCACCACUGUCAUCCCGACCACUACGACCGCGCGGUGCCGCCACGGGGUUUCUUGUUAUGAACCGACAAUCUUCAGUUUUCAAACUCAAUAUUAUACCCUACGAGAUGUUGUGCAGGAAGGAUUUGGCGUUGGCCAAGGCGGCGUUGGCGUUUGCUUUCCGUCUACUCGUACUAUCAUGUAGGGUCCGGCCCUUUUGAGGCCACCCAAGAAUGGAUGACCUUUUUCACGAUCAACCGCUCGUCCUCCAGACUGUUCUGUAACUAGUGGUUCGCUGUUGGGGGCCAUCGGCUAAGAUUGGGGGCCGUCCGAGUGCGCGAGAGGAAUUUCUAGAGGGAGACAAAAACCCUCACGGCCAACGAAGAUCAUCUUUGAUCUAUUGGUGGCCAUGUUUACUUUGCCAUCAACGACCGCCGGUUAGACAUCUGCGCCAACGAAUUCUUGGACUCGGUUCGCCAGGAACUGAGUCCGCGAAGUCAGGUUUAGGAAAUGGGUCGACCGGCCGGGGACGAGAAGAUCCGUUUCCUUCGUCCUUCGCUUGUAGCCGCGGUUAAAUAUAGGUAGGCGUCGAUAGUCAAGCAACGCAGACAGGAGGCUUUGAUGCACCUUGCAGAUCAGUGCGGUGGCACGUAACUCCGGAGAGAUCUAUCAGAUGACAAGGCGAUAGAGACUCUGGUGCAGUAUGCUCGACAGCUUCGCUAGGCAUCAAGCUAAUGUGCGGUGCUCGUCCCAAGGCAGCAAGU